AACUGAAAGAACAAUUUGAGGAGGAAUGGAGGAGGAGAGGAAAUGAACUCUUUGAGGAGUUUGGAGAGUCUUUAAUGGCAACGCUAGAGAAAGACACAGAGAAAAGCAAACUGCCAGCUAAGUUAAAGACCAAACACGCCAUUACUCUAAACUCAAAGGAAAGAAAAAUUUUGAUGGAACAAAGAAAGAAUGAGGAGAUGAAGAAGGUGGUCGAAGAUGUGAUGACAAAACUGAGCAAAAGGAGUGGGCAGGAUGAGCAGCCCGUCCAGAUGAAGACAAGUCGAGACAACUACCCGCGAAAACUGAGCGAAGGGAUGGUCUCUCAGAGUCGAGGCUGGAUGAGGAACAGCCUUGAGUUUGGUCCACCCAGCAUGAGUGAAGGGAUGGAUUCUCAGAAUAGCAGCUCGAACCUGGGUUUCCGGAGGAGAAACAGCCUUGAGUUUGAACCACCCAGCAUAGGUGGCAGCACUGAGCAGAUGUGGACAGAGAGCACUACAGGCCCGCAGGUCGCCCUGAGGAAGAGACGCCAGUCUUGGUCGCCCUCCACCUUCUCAACCGCCUCGACUGGACAAGAUUCAGGAAUUACUUCCCACUUAGGUUCCCUUCGGUCCUUAACCAUCUCGGAGUACCCGGCCGAGAGCGACGCAGCACUUCCUCCCGGCACAGGAAGCCGGUAGCAGAUGUAGGGAGGCAGUUUGGAAAUUCUUUACCAUCUCACCAAGAAGGCUGGACCUUCUACAGCACAGUGUCCCCAUCACUACGUUUGGACAGUGGGUUUCCUGCAUUAUUCAGUGUGUAGACUGCCCCCUGCUGGCUGAAUCACCAGCAGCAGGGGUGCACUGUAAACAGGGGCACCGUCAGGGAUUUUGGGUCCCAUGAAAAGAUCACGCAUUGGGCCCCACCCCCCCAGGCCACACCAUCCCUGCACAAUUGUUUGAGGGCCCCAUUCAGUCAGGGCCCUUAGAAUUCAUAACUUCACCCCUUCAUAUGGGGCCCCUGGCUGUGAGCAGGCAGAGAUCUCUCAUCCUCAGGCCAACCAAGCCCAGCCUCUCUGUGCUUCAUCUAUCUGCCAGUCCCCAUGCCAACCAAGCCCAGCCUCUCUGUGCUUCAGCUGUCUGCCAGUCCCCAGGCCAACCAAGCCCAGCCUCUCUGUGCUUCAGCUGUCUGCCAGUCCCCAUGCCAACCAAGCCCAGCCUCUCUGUGCUUCAGCUGUCUGCCAGUCCCCAUGCCAACCAAGCCCAGCCUCUCUGUGCUUCAGCUGUCUGCCAGUCCCCAGGCCAACCAAGCCCAGCCUCUCUGUGCUUCAGCUGUCUGCCAGUCCCCAUGCCAACCAAGCCCAGCCUCUCUGUGCUUCAGCUAUCUGCCAGUCCCCAUGCCAACCAAGCCCAGCCUCUCUGUGCUUCAGCUAUCUGCCAGUCCCCAUGCCAACCAAGCCCAGUCUCUCCUCUGUGUGCUUCAGCUAUCUGCCAAUCCCCAUGCCAACCAAGCCCAGCCUCUCUGGGGUUCAGCUGUCUGCCAGUCCCCAUGCCAACCAAGCCCAGCCUCUCUGGGCUUCAGCUGUCUGCCAGUCCCCAUGCCAACCAAGCCCAGCAUCUGUGUGCUUCAGCUAUCUGCCAGUCCCCAUGCCAACCAAGCCCAGCCUCUGUGUGCUUCAGCUAUCUGCCAGUCCCCAUGCCAACCAAGCCCAGCCUCUGUGUGCUUCAGCUAUCUGCCAGUCCCCAUGCCAACCAAGCCCAGCCUCUCUGGGCUUCAGCUGUCUGCCAGUCCCCAUGCCAACCAAGCCCAGCCUCUCUGGGCUUCAGCUGUCUGCCAGUCCCCAGGCCAACCAAGCCCAGCCUCUCUGUGCUUCAUCCAUCUGCCAGUCCCCACGCCAACCAAGCCCAGCCUCUCUGUGCUUCAGCUGUCUGCCAGUCCCCAUGCGAACCAAGCCCAGCCUCUCUGUGCUUCAGCUGUCUGCCAGUCCCCAUGCCAACCAAGCCCAGCCUCUCUGUGCUUCAGCUGUCUGCCAGUCCCCAGGCCAACCAAGCCCACCCUCUCUGUGCUUCAGCUGUCUGCCAGUAGGGGGCCAAAGAGUCACAUGACCACUGGCCUUUCUGCCAUUAUAUCUGCUCCUGUCACUGACUGUCACUGUCGUUUCCAGAGCGCUUUAACCAACUGGAAUAUGGUACAUGUUCACACGACUUUUAAUUGUUUAUUUGUCAUUUUUAUUAUCACUUUUGAAAUGACAUUUUAUUCAUUUUCAAAGAACAUACAAACAACACAGAGCAUGACAGCACACAAAGAAUAACAGCACAUAGUAAUCAUUAGAUUAACUGUGGAAGAAAGAGACAUAAAAUACACCUGAUGGACAUGGCCUUGCAUUCACAUUGAGUGUUACGGUACAUCAUUUGGUGUUGGUCUACACCUCAACAGCAGGUGUGUAUGCUCUACAGGUAAAUUGGUCUACGAUGGGUUUCCAUAGGAAGGGCCUUAAAUAUGACCCGGUACCACUGUGUCACAGUCAUGGGCUGGUCCCUGAUCCACUGGGCAGAAUGCAGUGUCUGGCUAGAAGUAAAAGCGUUUCUAUCAAUUUAGUGUAUAUUGUCCAGCUGUCAAUGAAAAGCCUAGUUCUGUAGCCCAAAAUGUGUUUAUUUUUAUGGGAUAUGUAUUAAUAUUGUUAUCAAUCGGUGGACCUAUAUUAUAAGAUUAAAUCCAUAAACAGUGAUUGUGAUGGAUAUAUUUCUGGCAAUGAAUGUUCAUGAAUGUGCUGAUUAUAUGAAAUACAUUAUACAGUAAACCCAUUCAAUGUCAUUGCUGAUAUAUAUGAGGCUUGUAUGUGCUAGGGCUGGAGAGGAACAGGGGGUGGUGGGUGAGUGAGGUUUUAAGAUUGUAUUGUAAAAUGAACUGUAUGUGUUUAGCUGCAUACAAAAUAAAACAAAAUUUAAAAAUUAAAAAA